AUGAGGCUCGGCACCGGCAAAAGGGAAGCGUCGAGCUGGAUCCGAGGCUUAUGUCGUCGAGGACCUUGGAUUUGCAAGCGGAGGGAACCCGGGUGCUGGAUCUUGACUCGGCUGCGACUCUGGGUCACCGGUGGCUUGGGAUCUGACGGCGGAGACAGAUUUGCAGAGGAGGGUCGCAACGGCAGGGAUUGGCGCGGCGUCCGGUGUCGCGGUGGCGCGGAGGUGCUUCGGUGCAGAGUUGCAGGAUCGGUGAGUGUGGCGGAGGUGCUUUGGGAAGAUGAUGAACACCAAGGAGAAGAAAUUGAGUCAUUUGUUGAAGAGGUCAUGCGUAAGAUCUGUGACAAACGUGUGGAUGUGCCUGAAAAUUUGGUUGAAGAUUAUCGUCAGAUAAAAGCCAUAAUAGAGAAGUUGGAUGUUGACUCUAGUGGUGUACGUUUCAUUGGGAUACACGGAAUGGGGGGUAUUGGUAAAACUACACUUGCAAAAGUUGUGUUCAACAAACUAUGUUUUGGCUUUGAUGAUGCUUUUUUCCUGAAUGACAUUCGAGAAGCCACGCAACAUGGUCUUAUAAACUUGCAGAAAAAGUUAUUAUCAGGUUUUUGUGGUUCUAGGAUUGUUGAACACAUUAAAGACAUUGGAGAUGGGAUGCAAUUGAUGAAGAAAGUAUUUAGGACUAAAAAAGUCCUCAUUGUCCUUGAUAAUCUAGACAAGAAAGAGCAACUCGAAAAGCUAGUUGGGAAAUCUAAUUGGUUUAAUUCUGGUAGUAGGAUCAUUAUCACAACUAGGGACAAAGGUAUCUUGAUGACUCAAAUGGAAUCAUCCAGUAAAGAGGACUUAAGUCAACCCGAAGGAAUUUUGGACUAUGAAGUUCAUGGAAUGGGAUUUGAUCAAGCACUUCAGUUGUUUUCUAAGCAUACUUUUGGAAGUGACUCUCCUAUGGAAGACUAUGUUGCUCUUUCAAAAGCUAUUGUUGAUAAAGUGGAUAGGCUUCCGUUGGCUGUCGAGGUGAUCGGUUCAUUGCUCUAUUGCUGCAGCUCUACCCUGGAGCCACAUUUUGAUAAAAGAAACCUAUGGAAAGACACGUUGAAGAAGUUAGAUAGAGGUCCGUUUAAGGAUGUUCGGGAUAUAUUAAUGAUAAGUUAUGAAGGAUUGGAGAAUGAGCAAAAAGAAGUAUUUCUGGAUAUUGCUUGCUUUUUCACCAAUGAGGAAAAAACAUAUCCAAUUAUCAUGUGGGAUAAUUGUAAUUACAAUCCUCACAUUGCAAUACCUAUCCUCCUCCAACGGUCCUUGAUAAAAAUUGGAGAUGAUAAUAAGUUUUGGAUGCAUGACCAAGUUCGAGAUCUGGGAAGGUACAUCAUCCUCAAAGAAUAUCCUCACAAAUUUAGUAGGGUAUGGAUUCAUGAGGAUGUUGUAAAACUAUUGGAGAGUAAAGAGAGAAAGGAAGAUGUAAAAGCACUAAGCUUGACUUACGAUGGCCACAGCAUUGCACCUAAAGAAUUGGCUGCUCUACCAAAUCUAAGGUUCCUUCGAGUGAAAGGCAUUGAUAUAAAGGAGCUUCCAUCGUCUAUUGGAGAAAUGGAAAUGUUGGUUAAGUUGGAUUUAUCACAUUCAGGAAUAGUUAAACUUCCGGAUUCCAUUGGAUAUCUAGAGAAACUAGAAGUGAUUGGGAUUGCUGGAUGGCAAGACAUGGACCUGGCUUUCCCGCAGUGCCUCUUAGUACAAGACGUUCCGGACUUUUAG